CCAGUCUCGUGCACAUAUAGCCGCUCGUCCAUAGAGCCUGGCCGCUCGUGGUGUCCGCUGAUUCGGCUUACAUUGGCACAAUGAUUGUAAAAUUCAAACAUCGCAUUGUUCUUGUAUCUACGCUACUUUCUAUGCUAUACGUCGAGGGAGCAAAACCCAAACAACAGGAAUUUUCAUCCGAGCAUGACUCACUUACGCAGACUGUUGGUCGUCUCACGAGCGACCUUACCAAUCUUCAAAUGGCGUUUGCUGAGCUCAACCGUACGCUUCAGACCUUCAUCGAGGAAAUUGUAAGCAAGAAAACGUCUUUCUUCGGCGACGGGUCUUACGGAUCUUUCCUAAGCGGUCCCACUACUGUCGUUAUUAACGACUACGCUAAAGUGAUUGGCAAGGCUGAAAAGGGAUCGAAGCAUUUUGCGGUCGAUUCCAUUGCGUCACUGUCGUCUGGUGUCGAAGUUCUCAUUAUCCAGAUGAAGGGAAAAGAGGCUGGGAAAUACAUAUUUGCUCGUAUUUUCAGCGUCGACAGAGCAGAGCAGAUCGUUUAUGUCACGACGGGAUUGAGCUUUAGGUGCAGUUCUUUGGGAAGUGAGAGAUGCCAGAUUGUUACCGUUCCUCACUAUAGCAACGUGUACGUUAACAGUGGCGGAACUAUAAUGGGUAGUGAGUGGGAUGGAGACAAAGGUGGAGUUGUCGUAUUACGAGCAAGCAUAAAGGUGGAAGUUGCAACUUCUUCAAGCAAAAUUUCUGCGUGUGGCAUUGGAUAUCGUGGUGGAGCAGAUGGUAAAAAACUGAAGCAUCCAGGACUUCAGGGAGAGAGUUACAAUGGCACAGUUGUGGCAGCUAUCCACUCUAACUAUGGCGGCGGAGGAGGCGGAGAAACUCCUAGCACACACAACUAUGGCGGCUUGCAACCAGCACACGGUGGCCAGGCCUAUGGAAACUGGGUUUCUCUUCUGGAUCAGAUACUGAUGGGCAGCGGAGGUGGAGGAGGAGCUAGAGACCAGGAUUGCUGCGCCAACCCUGGAAGAGGAGGAAACGGAGGUGGCAUUGUCAUGGUAUUCACUCCGUUUAUUGCUGGGAGCGGCGGGAUUGUCACUGCGUGCGGCGAGAACGGGCUGAAUGCUGGAAACAAUGGAAAGAGUGGUGGUCAACAAGGAGGAGGCGGAGGAGGAGCCGGUGGUUCCGUACUUGUUGUAUCUAAUCCAUCAGGGGUGUCUACGAAAGGGAGUGUUAGUGUCCAGGCGCCGGGUGGUGCAGGAGGAAGUUCGAGUGAAUCGAGUUACGCAGCUCCGGGUGGGGCAGGAUCAGAAGGAAUAAUAUCGUUGCACUCCGCUACUGCGUAAACAGAUCUCGACACUCUUUGAACUUCUUUCAGUUAGAGUAUACGAAGCACAUAUAAGUACACUUUCAUUUGAUUGCGUAUAUGCUGUCUGCUCUAGAGAGGACUGUGGGCUUAAUUAAGGAAUGGCGUUCAGACAAUGCAUGCAUGCGUUGUUACUACAAUGUACUAUCGUCUGUCACAAAGUCUAGAUGAGUAAAUGCUAGAUUGCAAUGUUAUAA